AUGGCAUCGAUGACCAUGACAGCCACAUUCCUUCCGGCCGUUGCAAAGCUCCCGUCAACCACCGGCGGACGAAGGCUCUCAGUGAUCAGAGCUUCACAGAGCGAGAACACAACUACUUUACAAGUCAAGGAGGCACAGAACAGCACCACAAUGAGGAGGGAUCUCAUGUUCACAGCUGCAGCUGCUGCGGUUUGUUCCUUGGCUAAGGUAGCCAUGGCUGACGAGGAAGAGCCCAAACGAGGGACAGAAGCGGCUAAGAAGAAGUACGCUCAAAAUAAAGCCUAG